AUGCCCGGCAAGAAACCACCAAGCUCUCUCACGACUGGUCUUUCCUGUCUUAUUAUCGUUGUGAUGGCACUAAUCACUGCGUUUAUUCUUAUGAUGACUGGUCGUGAUAAUCCAAUUGUACUCGUCCCAGCAAAACCUUGGAAGUCGGAGACUCCUGUCACUUCGAGGCCGCCCAUAAAAGCAAGUACCACUCAGAAGGUUCCGACAAGUGCCACCAAGACGGAAGAAACUACGCGAAAACCUAGAAAUGUCUGUGAGUCACCGGAAUGUAUUGCUUUGGCUCAUCAAUUGCAUAACUGGAAAAACCCCUCAGUAGACCCUUGUGAAGAUUUCUAUGAAUACUCAUGUGGAAAGUUCAACGAGCACAGCUUGCCGUCUUCCUCACGACUUGAAAGAAAAGACAAACUGAUGAACAGUAUGCUCAACAAAUUUCUUGCGAAAAACGAGACUUCCAAUUCGAUAUCUGAAAAUUCAAUGAAGUUGUUUUAUCGGAAAUGCAAAGAUUAUUAUAAUCCCAAGACCUAUCGAAAACUCGUGAUUGAGAAAUGGAGAGAAGUGAUCUCAAUUUUCCGAGAGAUUGGAUCAUGGCCAUAUCUCGAUGAAAACUGGGAUGAUUCUGAGCUAGACUUGAAUGAUGCGUUCACGGGAUUGGCUAAUUACGGAUUUCCAUUUUUAACUUUCUUCUUCUUGAAUAGUGCGGAAAAUUAUACUGUAAGCGUGGCGACAAUUUCAAUGGAGAAGGUUGAAAAGCUAACUGUAACGGACUUUAAAGCCGUUCUGACACUCAGCGGUAUUGUUCCAGAUGAGCAACUGCUAGAAGACGACCUGAAACUUGUUGACGAACUCGAGAAGGAUAUUUCUAACUUAUCCUCCGAAGCUGAUGGUGAGGCUAGUCUAUCCGAUCUCCAAGCAGCCGUUCCGAGUAUUGACUUCGAAAGAAUCAUCAGACACUUCAUAAAUUCCAGUAAAGAUGAUGAGACGUGGAGUAAAGUAAAGGAAAAUGUAAUGGUCUCAAAGAUUCCGUUGUUUUUCAAUCAAACUAAAAAUCUGGAGACAAUUCUGAAAUCUACGCCCAAGAGAACGAUCGCCAAUUAUAUCAUGUUCAAUUUCGUCAGAAUAUUAAACAUGCAUAAGAACACUGAUUGUUUGAAGGAAGUUCUCAACGAUUUUUCGUUUCCCGCCCUCCGUGUGCUCGUUCAACACUAUUUUGAUAGAGAAAACCUUCAAAUCGCUUCAGAAUUAGUAGACAACAUUAAAGGACAUCUCAUCAACACAUUUGAGAAUUCUACUUGGUUACACCCUGAAACUAAGAAGAAUGCGAUUCGAAAAGUGGAGAUGAUGAAGAAAAUAAUUGGCUAUCCGGAGGAGUAUGAUGCUCCUGGAGCUCUAGAUAAGAUGUAUGAAUCGUUAAACUUUUCUACCAGCGACUCCUAUUUUCAACUGGAUCUCAAGAACUUUAAGUUUAAUACGCAACUAACCCUGAAGCUCACUCCAAUGGCUUCGUUAUUAAUAAUGAGAGAAUCUAAAAAUUUGGCGGCCAACGCAUUCCAUCUUCGGUCUAGAAAUUGGUUAGGUAUCAAUAUUGCUCUGCUGGAUGACCCGUUCUUCGAUUCGACCUAUCCAAAAUAUGCACAAAUCGCUGGUGUCGGUGCAAUAAUUGGUCAUGAAAUAGGACAUGGUUUUGAUCCGAAUGGAAGGAAACGUGAUGAGAAUGGGAAGGAAAACGAUUGGUGGACACCAGAAGAUUCUGCAGAGUAUGAUAGAAGAGCACAGUGCUUGAUAGACCAGUAUGACGAAUUUGAUGAUCCAGAUUUUGGGAAAAACUUAAACGGAUCAAUCACCAUCGGCGAAAUAGUAGCUGACUUAAUUGGUGUCGACGUUGCCUGGAAAACCUACAAGAGCUUAGAUAUGUCCGCGGAGCCAAGUAUAAUUGGAUUCGAAAACUACAGUCUGGAUAAACUGUUCUAUCAAUUGAAAGCAUUGAAUUGGUGCGGCACUGGUGCUGAGUAUGAUUUGGAGGACCAACUGAAAUUUGUUCAUCCAACAGAGAGUUUUCGUAUAAAUGGAAUCUUCUCGAAUAUGAAAUCCUUCGCGGAAACAUUCAAUUGUCCAGUUGGAUCACCGAUGAAUCCGGAGAAGAAGUGUGAACUCUUUUAA